AAUGAGCUCUUGGUGAUGAAACCUGUUGGAUUUCUGGAGGAAGCAGCUGGAGUCUUUGGCUUGUUAACUAGCAAUGAUUCAAGUCUUGCAGAUUGUAAAGGAGCUGGUGACACCAUCAAGGCAAAAAGCAGCCACAGUGAAGGAAGAUUCAGAACAGGAUGUAGCACUGAAACUAGCUCAGGAGCGAGCUGAAAUAGUUGCUAAAUAUGACAGAGGACGAGAAGGUGCAGAGAUUGAACCCUGGGAAGAUGCUGAUUACCUUGUUUACAAAGUCACGGAUAGAUUUGGCUUUUUACAUGAGGAGGAGCUCCCAUAUCAUAAUGCAGCUAUGGAACGGCAAAAGCACCUGGAAAUUGAAAGAACUACCAAAUGGCUGAAAAUGCUAAAAGGAUGGGAAAAAUACAAGAACACUGAAAAGUUUCAUAGAAGAAUUUACAAAGGAAUCCCACUGCAGCUCAGAGGUGAAGUCUGGGCGCUCCUUCUUGAGAUCCCUAAAAUGAAAGAAGAAACAAGAGACCUUUACAGUAAAUUAAAACACAGAGCACGGGGUUGUUCGCCUGAUAUCAGACAAAUAGACCUUGAUGUCAACCGCACAUUUAGGGACCAUAUUAUGUUUAGAGACCGAUAUGGUGUUAAGCAGCAAUCCUUAUUCCAUGUUCUCGCUGCAUAUUCUAUUUAUAACACGGAAGUCGGGUAUUGUCAGGGCAUGAGCCAGAUCACAGCCUUGCUCCUCAUGUAUAUGAACGAGGAAGAUGCCUUCUGGGCCCUGGUCAAACUCUUCUCAGGUCCCAAACAUGCCAUGCAUGGCUUUUUUGUCCAAGGUUUUCCUAAACUCUUGAGGUUUCAAGAACAUCAUGAAAAAAUACUGAAUAAAUUUCUGUCCAAGCUUAAGCAACACUUGGAUUCUCAAGAAAUCUACACAAGUUUUUACACAAUGAAAUGGUUUUUUCAGUGUUUCCUUGAUCGUACUCCCUUUACACUAAACCUCAGAAUAUGGGAUAUCUACAUCUUUGAAGGAGAGCGAGUUCUUACUGCUAUGUCUUACACAAUAUUAAAAUUACACAAAAAACAUCUAAUGAAAUUAUCUAUGGAAGAACUUGUAGAAUUUCUUCAGGAGACCCUGGCAAAGAAUUUUUUCUUCGAAGAUGACUUUGUAAUAGAACAACUUCAGAUUUCUAUGGCAGAACUAAAGCGGGCGAAAUUAGACCUUCCAGAACCUGGUAAGGAGGAUGAAUAUCCAAAGAAACCUUUGGGGCAGCUUCCGCCUGAAUUCCAGGGUGGUGGCAUCAGUCACCUGAGCAACGGCCAGAGAAGCGUGGGCAGGCCGAGCCCCCACCCGGGCAGCAGGAGGGAGGGUGCGGCGUUGUCGCAGCCCAGGAAGCACGAGCACUCCCCGCGCCACCAGGGGAGAGCGGGCACCCCGGAGCGCGCCAGGCCGCUACGACGGAAAUCGGUGGACGACGACAGCAAGAAGCUUAGGGAAGAGGCGGAUUUUCAGAGAAUACCCCCGUCAGGUCCGCACGACAGUGCCAGGCAGUAUAAUCAUGCCGCUGCUAACCAAAACAGCAACGCCACUUCCAACGUCAGGAAGGAGUUUGUGCCCAGGUGGAACAAACCGUCCGACGGCUCAGCUGCGGAGAGAACUGCCAGAGUCGCCGACGGUAAGAGCAGACAGGGGCACCCCGCGCUCGCAGGCGCCCCGAGCCCCGCCGACGCCCGGGGGCCGGUGUCGCACACGAGGCCGCAGCCCAGGGCCCUGGAGGUGGAGGACGGCAAGCGCGGCUCCACCGCGUCGCAAUACGACAACGUGCCCGGCGACAGCGCGCCCGGCGACGAGGGCGAAGGCGCGGCCGCCGUGGAGGAGGCCCUGGAGAGGGCCCGCUCGCACAGCCCGAGGACCGCUGCGCCCCCCGGCAGCCUGCGGAAGCCCUCGGAGCCCAGCGCAGGCCCCGCGAGAGCCCCCGGCAGGUUCGCCUUCAGGGUGCAGCCCCCCGGCCACGCGCGCCCUGCCCACGGCGACGCCCCGAAACACUUCCCCGCCGCCAACAGCUUUGGGUCCCCCCGCUUCAGCCCCGGGGCCCCAGGCCGUCCUUCCGGGAGGCCACACGGCUCCAGUCUUUCCAUCGAUCUGUCUCCGGACAGAGCGUCCGGCCGCCCGGGCCCGCCCGUGCUGCCGUCCAGCCGGAUGGAAGUGCUUCCCGCGGACGUCGCCGCUGGCGGGCACCCUGGCAGUUCAGGGUCCCCAAAGCACACGCAGUUCAUCCUUCCUCCGGUGGAUUAUUUGCCAGACAGCCGAAGGUGGCCGGAAGUGACUUACACUUACAGGCCCGAGGUGCACGGGCAGUCGUGGGCUCGGGACACUGGUCGUGGCAGCGCAGCACAAUACGCGGCAUUCCAGCACGUCCCCUUCCAGGCCCACGGGCUCCCCGCGGUCUCGGUGGACAGCCCGGUGCGGUACAGACCGGCCCGCGCGGUGGAGGACGCCAGCCCUCCCGGCUAUCAGUAUUCAGGGCCCUCGCCCCCCGCCUACCACUACAGAAACAGGGACGGGCUUUCCAUCCAGGAGUCGGUGCUGCUGUGAGACCCGAUCCCACGAAACGCGCGUUGCUGAGUCUGUCAUUGCCAAAGCAGUAUUUUAUACUAUUGUGAACAACUUGCACAACCCUGGUGUCUGUUAGUGAUAAGCAUAUAUGGAAAUGUCUUCAUCCUCAUGUAGAUGCUGCUUAAGAUGAGCAUUUAAAUUACGUCAUCACUGACCCUGUUAAAAAGAAUUUAACCUGGAAACAGCAAUAGCAGUUAGGGAUGCACGCACAGUGAUAAGUUAUUACUCAGUUCCAUUUAUAUCUUCCUCCAAAACCUGAACGUUUUUACUCUAUUGGCCUGUUCUAUUUCCACUAAUGUUACAAGUACUGAAAAACCAUAGAUUUGGUAUUUUUAAGGCUACUGUGGUGUGUAUGUCUUUUAAUAGCUGUCGUAGGCAUCUGUGCAUACACAUUUGAACGCAGAACUAAAGAAGUGUUUUUAAAAAGUACUUUUAAUUCAGACCCAUGGAAUAACGUGUUAUUCUUCUUUUCCCUAAUGUCUCUUUUACUCCAGUUUUUUUCCUCUCAUAUUUUAACCUGGGUCUUAAACUGACUAAAGAGUUUCCCUGACUUUAUUAAUUCAGCAUCUCACAGAAUGCUCAUCAUUCUCCUUCAGUUGCUACCCUUUUCUUUGAAUCUGACAAUUAAAUACAUUGGAGGGAAAGGCUAACCGCUUAAUGGUGCUUAAAAAUCAAGGCAGUUAAAGUGAGUUUAUGGCCUGAGGUGUAGGGCUCCUCGUAUCUGUUUACCAGGCCAGUCUUAGCGCUCUUGUGUGCUUUGUUCUGGCCCGACUCCUGCAGAGCUCAGAGCAGGCUGUCCCUGCCUGAUGCCCAGGCCAUGCUGGGCACAGCUCUGCAGUGGGUGCCGCGGGAUCCAUCAGCGCUUGCCCAGGACGCAGCACAAAUGCCUUUGAAAUUCCUUUGGAAGCAGGAUCAACAAUGUGGUUCCUUCUCAGUUCUGCCCCAGGGUGGUCGUUUACAUGAUCCUUUCCUGGCUUUCUGUCUAUAGAGAAUGUGGUCAGUGGGUUUUACUGUUCUUAAUCGGGCCAUUAAAUUAGCCAUGUAAAAAUGAUAAAAAAUGAUCCUAAUUAUUAAUAGGAGUGUAGGAUUUUGAUCUUUUUAAAAAGUAUAGCGUUACUUUCAUGCUUUUGAAAAUAUUUUUUUUUCCUUUUUCAUUGAAAAAAAUUCAGGUUUGUGGUAAAAAAAAAAUUAGUAAUGUCUUUUAAAAUAUCCUAUUACACUACAAUCACCAAAACACUGACAAAGUUUUGGGCCCUCCAAGAAAGUAUGACUUCAUGUUUAAUUGGGGAGCUUGUUUUCGACAUUACUUUGCUUACAUUUGAAUACUAGAGAGUAGAAAACCUAAUGCGGAUGGUUCUUCCUGUUGCCAAUUGGAGCUUUAAGCUUUCAAGGUACAGAAGUAUGUCGAUUAAAAUGAAAGUAACAUUUGUUUAGCUAGUGAAUGUGACAAUAUUUUUUAUGUAUAUAAUGAGUCUAAUGUAAUUUUAAUCAACUUGGUAAUGAUGUUAUUAAAUGGCAAAACAAAUGCAGCGUAUUAAAGCUGAACACUACACUGAAGCUCAAACAAAACCCUGGUAAAAUAACCAGGCUCUUGAUUUAAAUCAUGUGGAACCUGCGAAAUAAAUGUAUAUAAAAAUGUAGCUGAGGAUAUUAAUUCUAAUUUUUGAACCAUGAUUCUGUGACUUAUAAUAAACCAAGCUGUACAAUUUAGUUUAUGAUAGCAGUAUCUGAGCUGCUCCAAAAUAUAUAUAUCAACGUGGUAAAUACUGUAGAUUUAUAUAUAUAUAUGCAAAAUAUAUAUAUACACACACACAAGCACUAUUUUCUUAUGUCAUCUGACAUUUUUUAUCUGUAUACUUUUUUUGAUGUGAUUGUUUUUAACAUGCUGAAAGUAAUAAGUAUAUUUUGUUUUGUGUCUUUUAUGUGUAUUUUUUUCAUAUGGCAAAAAUGGGUGCAUCCCUGAUGCGUCUAAAGCUAAUCCUCUGCUAACUGAAUGUGUGCUGCCUAGUGUUCUCUUACGUAACUUUAUAUAUAUCACAAUUCUAUGUCAUGUGCUUUAUUAAUUUCCAGUAAGAUUGUGUUUAGAACUACAUCACCUUUCCCUUUGUUUUAUUUAAUAUGACAUUGUUAAUAGCAAUAAGGCAUUAAUUAUAGUCUUCCCCAUUAUAAAAUGAAGCUCUCUAUGUUAGUUUU